ACUUGUUCUUCUUUUCUGUCUGUCUUCGUUUCCGUUUCAAUUCCCUCCUGUUUUGCCUCUUCCUUUUGCCCUCUGUCUUUUUCUUGGACUCAGAUAGAAGGAGAAAACGAAGGCCCAAGUGGAGCAUUUUGGUUUUCAUCAUGUGAAGUAACAAAAUGGAGAAGAAAAACUUCAACUUUCUUUGCUCCCUCGAUUGUUUUCUCUUCAUUACCUGAGGAAACUGGAAGAAACUGAGAAUUUGUCUUAGUUGAACAAACAAGGCAAUCAAUCAUUGGUACAAAUCUGGAUAGCUAUAUGAAGUUGUGAAACAAUGAGAGAUGGGAACUCCAAGAAAAGCAAGCUUUCAUGGCCCAAGACACUGGUCAAAAAGUGGUUCAACAUCAAGAGCAAAGCUGAGGACUUUCAUGCUGAUGACCUUGAUUAUGGAGGUGAUGAUGAAGAUUGGAGGAACAAUUUCUCAGAGGGGGAAGAAUGCACUCUCAAGAAAAGCAAAACAGAAAGAUUAAACAAGAGGAGCUCUGAUCGAGUUCGCCGGAGUAAGAUUGACAUUGAUGCCUCACAAGUUACAGAUGUUCAUAAUUACAGGAUUUUUGUAGCUACAUGGAAUGUGGCCGGAAAAUCUCCUCCAAGUUAUUUAAAUCUUGAAGAUUGGCUUCAUACCUCUCCUCCUGCAGAUAUUUAUGUUCUUGGGUUUCAAGAGAUUGUUCCUCUGAAUGCUGGUAAUGUUCUGGGAACAGAGGACAAUGGUCCGGCAAGAAAAUGGCUGGCUCUGAUUAGAAAGACUCUAAACAGUCUUCCUGGUACUAGCUAUGGUUGCCAUACGCCUUCCCCAAUCCCUGAUCCAAUUGUAGAACUGGAUGCAGACUUUGAGGGUUCAACAAGGCAAAAGGCCUCUUCUUUCUUCCAUCGCCGAUCAUUCCAAUCCCUGAGCCGCAGCAUGAGAAUGGAUAAUGAUAUGUCAGUGCCACAACCCCGACUUGAUCGAAGGUUCAGUGUCUGUGAUCGAGUAAUCUUUGGGCAUAGACCAAGUGAUUAUGACCCCUGUUUCAGAUGUGGUUCAUCUGAUGAGGAGAAUGGACCAGGUGAUUCACCACCAGGUAACACUCUGUAUUCACAAUACUCACCAACGUCCUAUGGUGGAUCCUUUGCCAUGGAGGAAAGCUAUAGGCACACAGGGCAGUCAAGGUACUGUUUAGUUGCAAGUAAACAAAUGGUUGGGAUAUUUCUAACAGUAUGGGUAAAGAGUGAUCUCAGAGAUUAUGUUCGCAACAUGAAAGUGUCUUGUGUUGGCAGAGGAUUGAUGGGUUAUCUUGGUAACAAGGGCUCCAUUUCGGUUAGCAUGUCUUUGCAUCAGACAAGCUUUUGCUUUGUCUGUAGUCAUUUAACCUCAGGACAGAAGGAGGGAGAUGAGUUGCGAAGAAAUUCUGAUGUUAUGGAGAUCCUUAGAAAGACAAGAUUUCCAAGGGUUCAUGGUAUGGGAGAUGACAACUCUCCCCAAACAAUUCUAGAGCAUGAUAAAAUCAUUUGGCUUGGAGAUUUGAAUUAUAGGAUUGCUUUGUCAUACCGUUCUGCAAAGGCUUUAGUUGAGAUGCACAAUUGGAAGGCAUUGUUAGAGAAUGACCAGCUUCGGAUAGAGCAGAGGAAAGGACGUGUUUUUGAGGGAUGGAAUGAAGGGAAAAUAUAUUUUCCUCCUACAUACAAGUAUUCAAAUAAUUCAGAUAGAUAUUCUGGGGAUGAUAGGUACCCAAAGGAGAAGCGAAGAACUCCUGCUUGGUGUGAUCGUAUUCUGUGGUAUGGAAGAGGCCUUGGUCAGUUAUCUUACGUUCGUGGGGAGUCAAGGUUCUCAGAUCAUAGACCUGUUUAUAGCAUAUUCUUAGCUGAGGUUGAGUCAAUAAACCGUAGCCGAAUUAAGAAAAGCAUGAGUUGCUCUAGCUCCCGGAUUGAGGUUGAAGAGCUGUUGCCUCAAUCACAUGGAUUUACCGAACUUAAUUUCUUUUGAAGGGAUGAAUUCUUAGCAAUCCACAUUCCAGUCUGCAACGGUUGAGGAAAUGAAACCAUGGUCAAAUGCACUGUUCUAUAAGGAUAUGUACCUAAAUGAGUGUGUUUCAUGAUGAAAGUGCAAUUUCCCCUGGAAUUUAAGUGCCACUCACCUUCUCAAUCAUUCAGGUAGGCACUGCCUUGUGGUAACUACUCCCCAGAUGAUGAUAAAGACAUGCUUGUCCAUAGUCCAAAAAAUAUAUAUAAAAAAAAAGAUACAAAUUGUGUUAUUAGGAAUAGCUCCUCACCCCCACAAGUUUGCAUUUUUGCAAUUUGCUCUGCUACAAGCUCCUAAUACCAAAUUAACAAAUCCUGGCUCAAAAUAAGUGUACGCAGAUUUAUCUAUAAGGAGGAUGAAAUAAGUAGUUCAGAACUUCAUUUGGAAAAGUUGAAGGUAUAAAGAGAAUUAGGGAAGAGUUUGUAAUGAGAAUGUUGUAGUGCAGUCCGCUUUACUUUUAACCUUUGAUGGAGACCACCGCUUUUUCAUUAAUAGUUAUAAGAAAUGUAAUUUAUGCGCUUCAGUUUUUUGUUCUGUAAUAUAUAUAAGAAGAAAAAAAGGAAAAAGAAAGAUAAGGAAGGGAUGAUCCAUUGUCAUUGUCUUUUUGUAUUGUUGUUGGAAGAUAAAAGGACCUGGAGAAAUGAUGUGAUGGGUACUCAUUUCUUGUGUUUGAAAGGGAAGUUUUGAAUUAUUUGAAGCUUCUUUUUGCUGUUGCUGCUAGUAAUAAUUUUACUGAUAAAGA